AUGGCCAAAGUGGGUACAACUGGAGAGAUCUGUUGGCAGAACUUGAUGUCACCGCAGAGUUUGGGACUGUAUCAGGAGUGUCCUGGGCCUUGCUUCAGGGCCAGCUGGGCUGGUUGCGUAGUGGAGGUGCUGGCCCCCUCCGAUUCCUCUGUUCAAGGUGUGCAGUGUCAACUUCCGGCAGGGAAAUUCGGUCGUCGGCGCCAGUGCGCCCAAAAUCUGGACCAUUUUGGAUCGGGGCCCGCGUGGGCGCGCACUGGCGCCGCAGCCAGGAGAUCAACUGUCGAAAAUAGCUCUUCCGAUCUUCGUGAGCGUCUGCAAGCAUUUCUUGAAGAGAACCCUCACCCACCCUUCGAUCAUCCGGACCUCAACAUGUACCAACUCAACCACCGCCUCCAGUCCCACCUCGCCGGUCCUGCACUGUGCCUCAGCCUCCGCUACCCCGCCAAGGCCUCGACCGAACGUGCAAAGUCCUCCCCCUCAACCCAGAACACACCCCUGUCUGCUCAUCCUGUAGCGGGAGGUGAGUGUCCCGGUCUCGAUUCGCAUGUCAGCACCGAGUCAAGAAUCAACGGCGGUAUCCAAAAUACGUCUCCGAGCUCCGUUGUGUCCAUCAAAGCCCCCGCCAUUGGGUCCCCACCGCCCGCCUCCGCCCGCUCGUCCACCGAGCCCCGGUCAGACACGCGCAUCCAGCGCCGGCAGCGGGCCCCUACCCAGCCCCAACAAUCUCUCAUCGACCACACGCAUGGCCAGCCCGACCGAGUACCCUCGCCGGCCUCCCGCUCGAAGCCCUCGCUCUCCUUCCGCAGCUCGGCCAUCUGCUCCCGACCCCCGGACCUUCAGGUCCCCGGAUACAGCACCGCCGCCAGCAUCUCCAGGCGUCCCACCCACCAUCACGUCCAUUCAACCAUGUCCAGCCUCAGUCUGCGCCCGCACACCUGCCCUGGACUCCCACCUCCCGUCUGUCGACCUCGUCCCGGGCUGCGCCCUCGACCGAUCCGACGCGAGUCGCGCACCGCCUGGCGAGACUCUGGUGAACACCACCGGCCGCAGUGGCGUCCUCCUGCGACAGUGUCUGGCAGCGGACGUUCAUCCCCGACGGGCUGGAACCCGAGCUCGGCCACGGGUCCUGCUCCUGUAAGCGCCUCCUUUGCGCUCCAAACGUUCGUGCUAUGUUUGACCGGGGCUUAUGGUAGCUGGGCCCCACUGCACGCCCAGUGGGCUCCUGAAUUCAGUCGAGGAGCAGGUCGGGGGCAACGCGCCGAGCACAGACGCGGCCCGGGCUUGCGCCGGUCGGUCCGGACGCAAGCGGCGAUGCCUCAACCUACUUCUGGCAGUGAGCCAGAUGUGGUGGCUUGA